UGUGCCUUUUCUCCAGCCGUCUCGGAGAGUGCGCGUGUGUGUGUGCGCGUGCCGGAGUGGGGGCACUCACCAUCCAGCUCCCACCCACAGACGAUGAAGCAUAGGCGCCCCCUGCAGCAGGGGGGGAUCCAGCGCACCCUUUUGGAGAGCCUCGCCGUGAAAUGUACUAGACCGUCUCAGAAAGCGUGAAGGCGCUCGGGUCGCCUCUUCAAGUCGGUUCAGUCCCGCUUGCCCUGCCCUUUUCUCCAGUCUACACAUUUCUCUCCCCCCCACCCCCCGCAGUUGCUGUUGUGGUCGGGUGUGUUCGGACACUUGCAGGGCACGAAACCGGGCGACUGAGUCAGAACAGGCGCCUCCAAGGAAUGGACUAACCUGUUUGAGACCAUGUGGAACGUUUGGCAUCAGUCUGCACCUCCCAGGCCCAUGUAACAGCAGUGCCAUUGGAGACAGUUUCAGAGUCCAACGCACCCUUCACUGAACAGUUUGAUGGAGAAUCGGUCGGAUGACAGCAGGAACUGUUGUAAUCACUGGCGGAAUACUAGCAACAGUAAUCUUACUGUGUAUCAUUGCUGUUCUCUGCUAUUGUAGGCUACAGUAUUACUGCUGCAAGAAAGAUGAAUCUAAUGAAGAGGAGGAGGAGGAGGAAGAGGAGGAGGAGGAGACUGACCUUCCCCCUCACUCACAUUAUACCAUGUGCAAUGCUUGCAACUCUCGUAUCAUGGACGGGCAGGGUAACCCCUCCUUUCUGCCCCAUGAGCUUAACAAGCAGAGUAAUCGGAACUAUUGCCCAACCUGUUCCCCCUAUGGCUCCCCCUUUUACAUACGGACCGCCGACAUGGUGCGGAAUGGGGGUGAAAGGAUCACCUACACACCUACCUGCUGCAAGGAAAUGGGGUUGCCCAUCAAAAUGGCAACCCUCCAGAGUUACCCGGUGACCCAUCAUCACUGCAUCAUACAUGAGACCUUUCCAAACCCGAGGGCUUUUAGUACAGAAGUAUGAUCACUGUAUAUCAUUACCACAGGGUGCUUCAGUGUGAUCCCCUUUUGGUGGUGGGGAUUUUAAUUUUGUGGGUUUGCUAUGAAAACCUUUCACCAACAAUGGAACAUGAGUCCAAGACCUGGCAUUGUUCCCCAUCAUUACAACAAGCCUCUUAGAGAAAAAGAAAGAACAUUGUAAUGAAGAGGUUGAACGUGGCCAUUUUUGAAGCUGCAGCCAGUGUUGCCAUAUCCGCUUCAGGGGUCUUGUCCAAGGAGGGCUAUGUACAGUACAAACCAACUUGUAUUUAAAGACUCUUGCCACUCCAUCCUGCAAUUCCACCUCCCCACUUGCCCCCACAAGCAUCGUUGGUGUCUACACUUGGCAAAUCCUACUUGUCACUCUCUCCAAAGCAAUACUCAGAAACCUUUCUUGGCAGGAAACAGGAGCACACACUAAGUCAGUCAACACACUGUUUCUGGAAGCUCUCAUCCCCGGCACUAGUAGUGGCAUUAGCAAGAGCGAUAACCAGAUCCUUGCUUGCUGAGUUCACUUCUAGUGCUGCUCUGCAUUGGAAAUGGAGAGGGGGAAAGCAAAGGCAUGGAGGGGCCUGGUUAUCCCUGUAAUAUAAUAGUUACAAACGGAAUGCUAUCAUCUGCAUUAGAAUGUGAAAUUGGGCAAUCAUUCUCUGUUUACUCCACACACAUACACAAGCACAUACGUAUACAAAAGAUAAAUGAAAGGAAAAACUGGGAGAGGAGGGACUAGUGGCAUUACUAGCAUAUUCGAAAAAAUAGACGAUGGCUCUUCUACUUCAAAAAAGAUCCUGUUAUCCCAAAUUCUUUAAUCUCACAAGCUUUCUUUAGAACAAUUACUUCUGAAGUAUAAAAAUUGCACCACUAACGAGGUAGAACUUUGUUAGGUCUCUUCUACACCUCUCUUCCUCUAGUGUUUUAAGCCCUUGUACAGGGCUGUCUAUUGAUAUACCUUCUGGUAAAACUGGAAAAGAUGAUUCCUUUUAUCAUUGCCCUAAUACGGAAGAUGUUGUAGGGGGUGUCAAACUGCUUUCUGCAAGGUGAAGAAGGGCCUGAGCUGAAGUUGUGUGUCCAUUUUAUGAAUUUGCAAGUUAAUAAUGUACACCUUUUAUAGAAGACCUCUUCAGAUCCAGAUAGAAAUGAACUGUUUUGCCUUAUGAAUGUGUUUGGUAAUGUUUGCAGCUUCACCCUUUGCUAUUUCUCUAGUAUUGUUUCUGCAUUUUAAUCAAUGGUGAAUUCAUCCUCCCAAGAGAGCAAGCAAGUACCAGCUUUGCAUGGAGUCAUUCUUUUCUAACUCCUCCAGCCAUUUUGACUUGACCAGUUGAGUAAGCACAAAGGUCCAUUCUCCUAUGUCAGUAUGGAUUGGGCCUCAGUCAUAAAUCCUAAAAUACUCAAGGGUCCUAGCUACUUGUGCCAAUGGGACUUAUUCAUGAGAAAAAGAAUGUAUGGUCUUCCGACUAAGAUCAUAAAUAAGUCUCAUUGGUAUAAAUGAGUAGGAGAUGUGGUCACAAUCCCAAGAAAAUCAAGUAUGGCAGCAUGGUCCAUGGGCAUCAGUAUGAUAAUUACUUACAAACAGUACACUGCAUUGAUUUCAAUGACAAAGUGACUUUGCAAAGCAAUGCUCCUCUAGGCCAUCAUAAAGAGCUUACAGGUUCCAAGGACUGUUCUGUAAUCUGAUGAGAUGAAAAUAAUUUUAAAAAUUAGAAUGGUAGGUGUUCAAACUGUUUCCCCUGCUUUUCUCUCAUCAGCUAAGCAUUUCCCCCCGCCCCACUUGGAGAACUCCAGAAGCCUUUGCUCUCGUUGGUGUACAAAAAUGUACCUCCUUUAAAUUUACUAACUCUUGUUUACUCAUAAGCAUGUUUUAAUUUUCUAAAAUCUGGUAACAGAUACAUUUAGGAAAUUAUAUUCCAAGGAUAAAACUUGCCAGGGAUCUGUUUAAAAAGGUUUCAGGGUUUAAACUUCUUGGAAUAAAUUUAUUUAUUUAUUUAUUUAUUUAUUUAUUUAUUUAUUUCUUAUCUGUCUGUCUGUCUGUCUGUCUGUCUAUCUAUCUAUCUAUCUAUCUAUCUAUUUAUUUAUUUAUUUAAAGGGAGGGCAAAUCCAGCUAGCAAACUGGCUGACAUUCUGCACAGCAAUAUGCCAGCAUUCGGGCCCUGCAGGACUUCUGCACACCGUGACAGCCAGCCCUGAGUCGACAGUGUUACAUAACAUGACAGUUGUGUGACUUAAACAGCGUCUGAGGAGUUGUGCGGCACUACUUCCAUUCCCUAACACUGGCAUAGUGCUGCAAGGAAUGUUGGCCGCUGUUUCUCCAUCCUUGCAUCUAAAACCUUUGCUUAAAACCAAGAGUUAUUAAAUCCAAAGGAUUUUUAUAGUUACAAUCCAAGGGGACCCUCUUGUCCCUCUGUUGUUGUUAUUAAAAAUAUUUAUAUACUGCAUUUCAACAACAACAAACACCAAAAGGGUUCAUCCUCUAUAAAAGAAAAAUGGUAAACACCAGAGAUAGUGCCUCUGGUAGUUCUGGUAACAAUAGCCACAGGAGAGACACUGUGCUGGGGAUGGAUGGAAACAAUUGUUUUCCUGCUGCUUAAUAUAAAGAGAAAUGCCACUUUAAAAGGUGCUUCUUUGCCCAGUUAGCAGGGUUUCCAUCAUUAUGGGACCUGGAGCUCAUUUACUCCUGUACAGCAUGCCUGUGAACAUACCUCCAAGGCCUGCUCCCACACUAAACCACUUUGAAAAUAUCCCACUCUUAAGUGUGUGUCAGCAGACACUGUACUCAUGGAGAAAUCCGCCUUGUGAUACGGAAUGCUGAGGCCUCCAGCAUUCUGAUUAUGGGAA